AUGGGCAAGGCAGGGCGCGCAGUAUGCAUCUUCACGCCGAUGGCGUUGACUAUUGCUUCAUUUGUCUGCGUUCUUCUCAUCAAUCUGGGUGGCAUCAGCAAAUCCUCGACAACAUUAAACAAUCUUCACUUCUUCAGCGCCGACUUCUCAAACUUCACAACCGACAGUAGUACUUUGGGUACAGUUAUCAACCUGGCCAAAGAGGAGGGCUUUAUCUCCAACAAGUACGAGAUCUUCCUCUGGAAUUACUGUGACAGUGGCAAUGGCACCAGCAGCCAGAACAUUACUCACUGUUCCGCUCGUCAAACCGGUUUCUGGUUCAACCCUUACAAGGUCUGGAGUCUGGAGAAGGCUCUCAACGCCACUGAAGACGCCGCUGCGGAUCUUGCAGGAUCUAAUGUCGAUAGCGGUGUCCUCUCUCAGCUCGAGUCUUACGUCUCUGGCAACGCCGAUGCUCUCUACGACAAGGUCCUCGACAGCAGCACUCGCAAGUCGAUUGAUCUCUACAAGAAGCUCAGCAAGUGGAUGUUCGCCGCCUACUUUGCAGGUCUAUGGGCCUUAAUUGUCACCAUUGUCUUUGGUAUCCUCGCCGUCUGCUCGCGCUUCGGCAGCUUCCUCACUUGGAUCUGCGCCAUCAUCUCAACCAUCCUCAUCUUUGGAGGCUCCAUCACAGCCACAGUCAUGUUCAGCAUUCUCGUCUCCACCCUACACGAAAAGCUCAAGGACUACGGUGUCAAGGUCAGCCUGUCCACCCACAUGCUUGCCGUAACCUGGCUCGCCACCGCCUUCAUCCUCCUCGCCACCCUNCUUCUGGCUCUUCAGCUGCUGCUGCUGCUCGGGCAAAUCCAACCCCACCACAUCCGCAACAAGGAGGCUCCCGCCGCCGAACUCGGCUUGCCCAAGGCUGGUUUCCUCAACAGAGGCAGAAGCACAAAGUCUGAGAAGAGUGGCGCUGGCUACGAGCGUGUCGAGUCUCCUUAUGCACACCACCGCGGCGCUUCUGAUGCUGUGCCUCUCACUCAUGUGGAUGGCGGUGCUGCAGACUCGUACUACAAGCAGGAAACGGGAUAUAUGCAUGAGCCGCAGAGCCCCGUGUGGAAUGCUAGUGCUGCUCCUUAUGGUGCUGAUUACCACCGUUCGAAUGCUGGUGCUUAUGAGCCUUAUCGCCGUAAUUACUAA